UCCAGGCAGGAUCUGGCAUCUCUGCUAUCUAACCGCUACGGUCAAGUGAGAGACCCUCCAGGAAGCGGAAUGUCCUGGUCUGGCCUUCUCCGUGGCUUUAACACAACCCUGAGAUGUGGCCUACCCCAGGGUUGCCAGCUCUGGGCCACCCGCUUUAUGGCUACCCUGAACCAGAUGCAUCGCUUGGGGCGUCCAAAGCAGCCACCACGUCAUCUGGGCCCCACAGAGGGCCGGCCGCAGCUGAAGGGUGUGGUUCUGCGCACCUUCAUCCGCAAGCCCAAGAAGCCUAACUCUGCCAACCGCAAGUGCUGCCGUGUGCGGCUCAGCACAGGCCGAGAGGCUGUCUGCUUUAUCCCAGGGGAGGGCCACACCCUGCAGGAGCACCAUGUUGUCCUUGUGCAGGGUGGCCGCACCCAGGACCUGCCAGGUGUCAAGCUCACUGUUGUGCGUGGCAAAUAUGACUGUGGCCAUGUACAGAAGAAGAAGUGACUGCUGGAAGGGACGGCCCUGCAGAACAAGAACAUUUCUCCAGGCUAUAGCAGGGUCCUUGGAAGCUAGCUUUUUUAGCCCUAGAGGCAGCCACUCCUGGGUUCAAAUCCUGGCUUCGUCUCUUCCACCAGGGCUACCAUUAGCCCAUAGGAGUCUUGAUAGUGAAAAAAGUGGCCCUGUCAACACUCUUGGCUUCUGUGUUAAGAGUGUUGGCAUGAGGGACCUUCUCUGCUGGCACAAGACACUAUUGUCAUCUGCUGCAAAGGGAUUGUAAUAAACACACAGAUCCUCACAGUUGUGA